CAUCUUCCACCAUCAAUGGCUGAACUCUCUUGCAAGGACGUGUUUACCAACCUUGCUGUCUCCCUUCUUUCCCUGUCUUGCCAGGCGUACCCUCUGUCCUCGCUACGGAAACAGACCCCCACCGUGUUGGUGCUGUGUGGACCGGGGAACAACGGGGGAGAUGGGCUGGUGUGCGCGCGCCACCUCAAGCUGUUUGGCUACGAACCCAGCAUUUUCUACCCAAAGCGCCCGAGCAAACCCCUCUUCGAGGCUCUCACCACCCAGUGCCAGAAGAUGGACAUCCCCUUCCUGACUGAAUUUCCUUCUGAGGUGAGGAACUGUGCGUGCGGCUCUCUGUCCACUCCAACCUCUAUCCCCUGAUGCUGUGGGAACUGG